UUUUCACGACGUCAAAUUUUAUUAUAAAUAUAGGUGGGGCACGGCACUCGCAGGACUCUUUCCUAAUCUACUCAUUGCUUCUGAAAGGGAAGAUAACUGCAACAUUUACUCAACAUGCCGCUGUUCGGUGAUGGAGUUGUCAAGUUUAAAAACCAGGACUAUGCCAGCCUAAAGAAACAAGCCCAGUCCACUGGGAACUAUUUCGUGGACCCUGAAUUUCCUGCCCAAGACAAAUCUCUCUUCUACUCCAGUGGAAAACUGACAGGGGUCACAUGGAAAAGACCGAAGGAUAUCUGUGAGAACCCCAAAUUGUUUGUGGAAGGCACGAGCUCCGGUGACGUGACCCAGGGUCGUCUCGGCAACUGCUGGUUUGUGGCCGCAUCAUCAUGCUUAGCUCUCUACAAAGAACUCUGCCAAAGGGUGAUACCAAGUGGCCAGGAAUGGGAUGAGAACAAGCCGGACGACUACUCCGGGAUAUUUCGGUUCCAGUUUUGGCGCUAUGGUCAGUGGACUGAGAUCGUUAUUGACGACCAACUGCCCACUAUCAAUGGAGAACUUGUGUUUAUUCAUUCGCAGUCUAAGAACGAGUUCUGGAGUGCACUGCUAGAAAAGGCCUAUGCAAAGUUAUUUGGUUGCUAUGAGACGCUGGAUGGUGGGGAUCUAGGUGAAGCCUUGGAAGACUUUACAGGGGGUGUAUCAGAACAGCUCACCAUCGCCGACCUGGGUGUUGCUGAUAAUCCAGAGGAGAUGAACGUCUUUUUUGAGCGGCUAAAGAAAGAAGUGGACAGAAAAUCACUGCUAGCAGCCUCCAUACCAGCAGCAUCAAAUGAGGAAAUGGAAGCAUCUACAGCCCAAGGCCUGGUGAAGGGACACGCGUACGGCAUCACCGCUGUCAAGAACAUCAGCCUUGAGACCGGAAUGUUCUCCUUCCUUAACAAGAACAAACUUGCGAUGAUCCGACUGCGGAACCCCUGGGGCCAGGGCGAGUGGAAAGGGGCCUUCAGUGAUGAUGACCCGGAGUGGCAGAAGAUCCCAAAGACAGAGAGGGAAAAGAUGGGGCUGGUUUUCGCAGAGGAUGGGGAAUUCUGGAUGACCUUUGAAGACUUCUGCCAGCACUAUGUGAACUUGUCUUACUGUCGUGUGGUGAACACCUCCAUGUUCAGCCUGUCGAAAACCUGGCACGAGGGGUUGGCUCACAGUGCCUGGAAGAAACCCAACCUUGCCGGGGGCUGUCUCAACAAUAAGGAUACUUUCUUGAAGAAUCCCCAGUUUGUGUUCAGUAUUGAUGAGAAUGAGGAGGACACAAUGAUGCAGAUCAUGCAGAAGUCAGUACGCAGUCAGACAGGAAGUGGAAACACAACCAUUGGCUUCACAUUACUUAAAGUGGAAGAAAAUCGACAUCACCGUAUCCAUGACUACACCUACCAGGAAGUGAUCAAGAACACAACUUUCCGAGAUAGUCGAUCAAUUUUCCAGAAAAUGAAGCUUGACAAGGGUCGCUACCUGAUCAUCGCCUGUACCUUCGACAAGGAUCUGGAGGUGGAAUUCUUGUUCAGAAUUUACACAGGUUGUGCCAAUGACUUCAAGGAGUUGAAGCAUGAAAAGCCCGAGCGGAGUUUUUGGAACUGUUGUGCCAAGCAGCCGGUGAUGGUCACCCAGAUCAAGAUUCUCAAGGCCGAAGGAUUGGAAAAGCAGGAGCGGGAUGGUGGCGACCCCUACUGUGUGAUAAAGUGUGAAGGUCAGCAGGUGUACACGUCUGUGAAGAAAGACACCUUGAACCCAGAGUGGAAGCAGGCAGCUGUCUUUUUCAGGAAAAACCCACUGAAAAACCCAAUUAAAGUGCAGAUAUGGAACAGCAAUAUCAUCAAGGACACCUACAUGGGCAAGCACCUGUUCAUUAGCGCGGAUGAGUGCACACGAUCUAUCCAGACAGUGGGGUUGGUUGGGCGUGGGCGUCAGGGCGACCAGGUUCGCUCAGGAAAGUUAAUCGUGGAGAUAACGCAGUCGAAAACACUUUCUGCCAUCUAGAAAAGAGACCUAAAUUUAAAGCACCACUAGUUCUGAUAACUGAGUCAAAUGUGAUCGAGAACUAUCUAGCAAGGGGAUCGCUUAUAAUAUAUAGUUUGAGAUUAUGUAGUUGAAUACCUGAAUACCAAAAACCCACUCGCAUCUAUCAAGGAAAAGGGAACUCAUAACACGUAAUGUUUUUAACUUCUAAGCUGCUAUUUUAUGCAAGGAGAGGUUGUGAUAGAUUUGUGCAACCAACAAUGUGGGUAUUAUGUAAUCAAUUUAGAACAUACAUACCGGUGCCUUUUACGGCAAAAUAUCGUGAGAUCGAUAAUUUGAGAUUAAUGUGAAACAAGUGUCACAAACUUAAUUAUAGGCUUAACUUGCAAAAUCAAAUAAAGAUCACCUAAACUGACAAAGAGGGCUAAUUGUUUUGACCAUUCACAAAAUAUGAAUUUGAAUUUUUAAUUUAAUUAGUACGAAUAAGUGUUGAUAACAUGGUCCCUUUACUUUUGUGAAGGCAUGAAGUGGCUACUUUCUUUUAAAUACUAGACUGAACUGCAGCAGAUCAGAUAUACAUUGAAAAAACUUUUAUCAGCCAUAUUUUCAUUACCAAAUAGGUGAAGUUUAAGGUUAAUUUGUUGUAUAACAAUUAAGUGUUUUUAAACUUUUUUUUUAUAUUUUAAAUAUCUUUAUUUUUAAAUAAGUAAGUUUAGAGGGCAAAGACCACCUUGGUCAAAAAAUGAUUGAAUUAUGAGUGAGGAAUUCCACAGUCAACAUCAUAACAGAGUAUUUGGAAAAAUAUAAAAAAUAUUUCCCAAUUUCGUCAAGAAAUAAAACUUUUUUAUAUAUAAUGUCUUAAUAAUGCAAUGACAAUAUAAACUAUGUCAAAUAGCAUGUAACUUCCAUGUUUUAACAUAGCAGAUCAAAGAAGGCUAUUAAAAGCUUGUAUAAAUACUCUUAACAAAAUUUGUGAUCUGUCAGUUAUAAUUUGUUGACAAAAAAAAUAAUAUUGUAGCAGAUUUAAAUAAAUGUAUGUUUACAUGAAUAUUUUAUGAGCUAUUAUUGUGAUGCAUUUUGAGUAGCUGUCAACUAAAUGUGGGUAUAAGUAUAAAAAAAUUGUUGCUUUUUGCUUUUAAAAUGCUACUGGGAGAGAUGUUCACUAGUAAACAAAAUGGUUGGAUCAUUUGUUGACAAGCUUAUGCCUAAAUUUACUCUAGAAUAUAUCUACCACUUGCUCAAUAGUACUGCAGGAGAUGAAGGGCUGUCCAGCUAAGAUAAUUUAGUGUUUACAGGAAAUAAUGUACUAUCCAUCUAGUAAGAUAAAUUGACAAAAAUAACCCACUUAAUAAAACCAAUUAAACUUUUCGUAAGAAUCUUCUUAAUGAUCAUUUCAUACUCCCUGCGCUCCCAUUGGGGGAGAUGUAAGCGUAAACACUAAUAUAGAGAUGCACAAUUGAGUAAAACUGCUGACAUAUAAUUUGGAUGUGGCUCAAACAUAGGUACAUGUAAACCUCAUAGGAGAUGAUGAUAUAUUUAUCAUUAAAGCUGCAAUCUCACAGAUUAACCAUUUUAACAACUUUUUUAUUUUUUUGUCUUGGAAAGAGCAUUUUUUGGCAUAAAUAUCUGCAAACCAAUUAUAUAAGAUUGCUGACCAAAAAAUCAGACCUUGGAUUUUCAUAUUUCCGUUAGAAAAUUAAUGUUUUAUGGCUUAAACCGUUACUAACGGUUAAAGAAAAACACAUAAAACAUCAAUUUUUGAACUUAAAUAUAAAAAUCUGCGAUCUGAUUUUUUGUCAGCAGUAUAAUAUAACUGUUUUCCAUGGAUUUUUGCCAAAAUUGACUAGUUUCAAGACAAAAAAUAAAAAAAGUUGUCAAACCGUUCAAUCUGUGAGAGUGCAGCUUUAAAGGGUUGAUAUGUAUUUUUAUGGUACAAUAUUCUUUGCAACAAUAUAUUAUAAUAAUUGUUAAAAAUCUAUUAAAAAUAAUAUCUAUUGAUAAUAUGAAAGUAGAGGUACAUUUUGUAUUUAAUGAGAUUAAAAUAACUUUGUUCAAAGGACCCCAGUGAUUAUUUUACUUAGUUAAGUAGAAAUGUUAAGAGCUCAAUAAUGGUAGGUAGGGAUUUUAUAUUGAUAAUUGUGUUAUAUAAUGUUCACAUUGUGUAAUAAUGCACUUUAUUUUUUAUAUAUUCAUGUACAUGUAGGUAAAAAUAUGUAUAUUUAUAUAAAUAUGCUUGGUUUCAAUGUAACCACAUUUAUAUUAUGCUCUCUAGUUUUUAAAGGUUUAUUAUUAAUCAUUUUAAUGCAAUUCAACCAAAUAAAGAAUCAUGAAGUAAUAAGAAAAAUAAGAAAAAAUGUCAGAAAACAGAUCUUAAUUCUGUUUAAUAGUUAUUUUGGUUUGUAGAAAUAUAAUUUCUUUACCACAGCGUAUUUCAUUGAUAGAUUGGACAAUGUGAAGGGUUAUUUUCUGAUGUAUCAAUUUAGUUGUUUAUAUCACAAUUAUAUUGUUAUUUUCACUAAAUGUUAUGGUGCUUACAUUAAAUGUAAUGUGAUCAUAUUGUGACAUUUGUCAGAUAUACACGUACAUGUACUUUUGCCAUUAGUCUUUAAAGUAAAAUGAUCUUAUCUACUUAUUUUUUUAAUUCUACACAUAUACAUUUACAUGCAUUUAAAGGCAAAUGGUUGUGUUUAUUUUGUUUGGAAUAAUUGAUCAGCUUUAUGCUUUAGUUGUCAGUCUUCUAUGAAUGAAAACUAAAAUAUAAAAAAAAUGCUCUUUUACAAUAUCUAUUGAUAUAUUUUUCUAUAUAAUAUUAUUUUUCUCUAUUUUUCUUACAACUUCUUUUUUCAACUGUUGUAUGUUUAUUUGUUUUUUGUCAGCAAUUAGAUGUAAUGAGUGAAAGAUAAAGCUUUUGAAAUACCUCUUUUUGUAACUAUGCUAAGACUGUUAUUAUAAAACUUUGCUUUUUGCUCAUUCAUGUGUUUAUAAAUGAAAUCCUUUUUCUGUCAGAAUGGUAAUUUACUGCUAGGAUUGUAGCAGGGUCCUGCACCCUGUCCUUUUUAGUGGCAUGGAGACCAGCUUGGGCACCCUUCUGCCUUCAUGGAAUUAAUUGCUGAAGACUGUCAUAUAUUUCCUUUGUUUUGAUUAAAACUUAUAAUAAUGUUAUAAAUACACAUUACAUAUUUGGCAGUUGAAGCCUGACAUUAUUCAAUUUUAAAACAAACAGUUUUUGUGAAUCUCAUAAUGUUCAAGCUCAUGACAGCCUGAUACAAUGUGCCUUUUUCUCCAUUUGACACAUUCCUUCUUCUGCAGCAGACUGACCUUUUUAAAACCUGGCUAAAACUCUUACCUCUAUAUGUUCUUAUUUGUCUAAAAAUUGUGUCUGCCUAUCAAAUAUAAAAUUAAUGUUUGAGUCUUAACAAAUGUCCUUUAACCAAAAUUACUAAAAACAUGCACAUUACUAAAUACAAGUCUUGUGCUUUCAACAGGGUUAAUAUAAUAUCACAUGUAGAUUGUGUCUUUAAAAUUGUAAAUAGCUCAUGUAAACAAUUUUCAAUUAUAGUAACUUCCAAAAUGUCUUAAUGCUGAAUGGUUUUUUAGGCACUUACCAUAUUAAAAUGCUCGAAUUUCUUAGAAAAAAAUAGAAGUUAUAUUUGCUAGUUGUCCAGCAGGUUAAGGGUAAUUGUGUACUUUUGGUGAAGGGAAUGUUGCAAUAAUUCAUUUUCAAAAUGCUUUAUUUGUUGUAUAUUCUAAAUGUCUCUUGCUUUUUAUAUAUGCCUGUUCGUAGAAUGGGAUGUAUUAUUAUAGUUUCACCUGUGGCGUAUAGGAGGCUGACUCUUGUAUUGGCAAAAAAUAUACUUACAAUUGUCCACUCUCUAAGUUUGGCUAACCUACAACCACUUAUCACCAAACUUGGUGGCCUAAAACAAGGACAGGCCUAUUUUGCGACUGUUGGGGCUCUUGUAAUUUUUAACUUUAUCAGUUUUUUUGUUUUAGUGUUUUCACAUGUUUCAGUCCUGAGCAUAUUUAUUUACCGGUAAUAUCGGUAAAUGAAUGGCAGACUGUUGUUACAGAAUAAAUAAUUUGUUUCAUUAAAUAUAUUUUUGUUGUGUUGACUCUUAUUUGUAGAAUAUUGUAUACAAACACCAAAUGUACCUUGAAAUAAAUAAAAAAACAACGAGGAAAAUAAUUUGGUUGAUUCAUGUCACUGUUUAUUUCUAGACAUGAAACAGAAAUAAGUAAAAAAAAAAGAUGAGUAAUUUAUCCACAUUAAAGCUGCACUCUCAUAGAUUGACAAUGUUUUUCUUCUUUUUUUGUCAAUCCAUGUGUCAAUGACUAGGAACCAGUAAUAUAAGACUGCUGACAAUACUGAUCAGACCUCAGUUUUUCGUAUUUAAGUUUCAAAAAUGAUGUUUUGUGGCUAAAAACAUUACUUGCGCUUUAAGAAAACUCAUUUUUCAGCAGUUUUUUCAAACAACCAAGACCUGUUCUUUAGCGAGUUGUUUUAUUUUUCUGAAUAGAAGGCAUCAAUGCCAAAUGCAGUUGAUUCUGAGACAAAAAUGUCAAAAGACAAAAUUGUCAAUCUGUGAGAGUGCAGCUUUAACAAUGGAUACAACAGUUUUAGAGAGAUGUGCCCAUAUACAAUAUUGUGCUUAUUACCUUUAUUGUUACUCUUUUACAAUGUUCUUCAAAGAAAUUGUCCAUGUUCUUGCCCUGUAAUUGUUUUAUGAUGACUUUUUUCUUGAUUGUCUUAAAUGUUUCAACUUUUUUUUUUACUUUUUUAAAAACAAUAUCUACAAAUGCAAUAACUUUCAAUGUUGUGUGAAUCACUUUUAUUUGCUAUGAAAUUUGAACAAAGAUACCAUCAUUGUAAGAAAGUCAUGUUCAUAUAAAAGGCCUGUAUACAAUUAUAUAUUUCUUGAUAUCUUUAUCUUUAAGGCUAUUCCAGUAAAACAUUUAACCCAUGGGGGAGAGGAGGAAAUUAAUUUCUUAUUAUAUGGGUGGGUGUUUUUUCGCUAAUUUGGACUCUAAAAGGGUAAAUUUGCUUCUGUUGGAGGUAGGUAUAAUGUAAAAUCGCCUUCCCCCUGGGGGUUAUAUGUUUAGUCGGUCAAUAGCUAUUCAUAGCUAAUGUUUUCUCUGUUAUGUCAUACCGACUGAAAAUAAAAUUUUAUUUGAUUUGUUUUAAUGGAAUAGCUCUUAGACAUGCCUCAGUGGUUCCAUUCAGUCUAUUGGUCAGCUAAAUAUACAGGCCAAUCAAAACACUCAGAUUAUAUUCUUAAAUAAAAGUUAAAUCUAAGUUGGUUAUUAAAUACAGCCCCAGGUAUAUAAUAAAUGUUAACAUAGUUGCUUGUUAGAUAACCAUUUAUGUUGCCAAUCCUGAUGUUGUUAAAAACCAUAUAUAUAUUUUAUGUUCUAUUUUUAUUUAUAAACAUCUUUAACUGUAUAAAGCUAUAGUUUAUUAAAAAUAAAUACUGAAAUGGUUAAA